AGCGCUCUACGUCCGCGCGCCGACAACGGUGAUGCUGCGCGUUGAACUCUUGGGAUCCACCCAUGCGGUGACGUCACGAAGCUCUGACAAGCUGGUUGUGCCGGAAGAAAAGAUGGCGGAUCAUGAGGAGCAGCUACCCGAUGAGGAAAAGGUACGCAUAGCAGCUAACUUUGUCAUCCAUGCUCCGCCAGGCGAGUUCAACGAAGUUUUCAAUGAUGUGCGAUUGCUGCUCAACAACGACAAUCUUCUCAGGGAGGGUGCAGCUCAUGCGUUUGCACAAUACAACUUGGACCAGUUCACCCCCGUGAAAAUCGAGGGUUAUGAAGAACAGGUCUUAAUCACAGAGCAUGGCGACCUGGGGAACGGACGGGUGCUGGAUCCCAAGAACAAGAUCUCUUUCAAGUUCGACCACCUGAGAAAAGAGGCCAGCGACCCGAGACCCCACGAUGUGGACAGCUCCAUGGAGGGCUGGAGGAGUGCGGUGGACUCGUCUGUGAGGGCCUAUGUCAAGGAGCACUACCCCAGUGGAGUGUGCACUAUUUACGGGAAAACCAUCGAUGGGCAUCAAACCAUCAUCGUGUGCAUCGAGUGCCAUCAGUUUCAACCCAAAAACUUCUGGAACGGACGCUGGAGGUCAGAAUGGAAGUUCACCAUCUCCCCCUCCACCACCCAAGUGGCAGGAAUCAUGAAAAUCCAGGUUCAUUACUAUGAGGAUGGAAAUGUGCAGCUGGUGAGCCACAAAGAGGUUCAGGAAUCCAUGUCGAUCUCUAAUGAGGCUUCAACUGCUAAAGAGUUUGUGAAGAUCAUGGAGGCUGCAGAGAACGAUUAUCAGACCGCCAUCAACGAGAAUUACCAGACCAUGUCGGACACUACCUUCAAAGCCUUACGCCGCCAGCUUCCUGUGACUCGCACCAAGAUCGACUGGAACAAGAUCCUGAGCUACAAGAUCGGCAAAGAGAUGCAGAAUGCUUAAACAGCGGAGAAGACAACAGACAAGCCCCGCCCCCGAGCCCCAUCCCCUCCCAAACAAUGUUGCAUGACUGGAUAGUUGUUUUGUCUUUGUACAAAAAUUAGACAAAAUGGGAGCAAAGAAGAGUUUGGUCUCUGAAUGUGAUGUCACAUUACACAUAGAAUGACACAGACACCCCCCCCAGUGAUUGGAUUCAUCAGCUACAGCUAAACUUAAGGAACAUUGACAGACAUAGGAAAGAGAGCAGACACUUGUAUGCAAAAACACCCUGAAAAAUCCAGUAUCAUGUGUGCAAUAUUUCUUGUGUCAGUGAGACCAGACCUCGACUUUGUCCCGAUGAGAAACGGUUUUCAUUUGAGAUUUUUGAAACCAGUUAUUUAAAAAAAGAGCGAAAAGCUCCACAUCACUCCUGUUGUUCCAUAGAGAGCCCUACAAGCAAAAGAGGGAAGCAGGUUUCGUCAUCACUGACUCGUAUCUUCGGCACAAGCAGCCACCACUGUCGGCCACACAACCUUCUUGUCCUUUCGUUUUGGUACUCCCCCUCAUCUGUCCUGGAUGUCAGAUCUUCAGCUCUCAGUGCUCCUGGCUGAAUUGCCUUUUUUUUGGUUUGACUCGCCUGAGCUCUCAGUGCAGAGUCCUGUGACCACAUAACAAGCUUCAUUAACAAGUCAGAAGUUGCUAAAUGUGCAUAAUGUCCGAUUUACAAUAAAAUCGAGAAGCAUCACCGUUCUCCUCCAGUGCUUAUUUUUAUUAAAAACAGAUCCUGACUGUAUUAUAUAACAAGUCACAUUGUAAUAUAUAUACAUGUAUGAAACAUCCUGUCAGUUUGGUGAUUUAUUUCCAUGAGAUUAAUUGUAAUUCAGUCACAGUUAUGUUGCAUUAAAUGACAAAUUUUGUAUCGA